CGAACUUGUGACGGGCGAGUAGAAUUUAACAACAUUUCACUGCUGGAAUGUGAAGUUAGAUCGUCGCCGUCGCCCCGGCUGCUCGCGAGGAACUGUUAUUCUACAAGGUUGAAGCACGUAUAUAGCCAUGGGAAAACAGGACAACGAUACAGGUCCUUACUGGACGUCAUACCGCAUGCAGGUGGUGCUGCUGUCGUUUCUGAUGUUCGUCUGCUUCUCCAUGCAGCGCUCGGAUAUGAGCGUAGCGAUCGUCUGCAUGGUCAACCACACCGCGUUACAGCAGGAGAUACCGUCCGACGUCACCGUGUCAGAGCAGUGCAGGCGAAACAUUACGCAGCGGCAAGACCCGGACGGUGAGUUUACGUGGGACAAACACACUCAAGGCCUGAUACUGUCGUCGUUCUUCUGGGGCUACAUCAUCACGCAGAUCCCGGGCGGAUGGCUCGCCAAGAAGUACGGGCCGCGAUGGACGUACGCGGGGUUUCAAUUCUCUGGCGCCGUGUUGACGAUGCUCUGUCCUCUCGCCACGCGGCAAGACUGGAGGGCGCUGCUCGCGAUGCGGUUUCUCAUUGGUCUUUGCGGACCAAAGGCUAGGUGGUCGUUUUAUGGACAUUCCGGUCUCAGCGAAUCNGGCGGAUGGCUCGCCAAGAAGUACGGGCCGCGAUGGACGUACGCGGGGUUUCAAUUCUCUGGCGCCGUGUUGACGAUGCUCUGUCCUCUCGCCACGCGGCAAGACUGGAGGGCGCUGCUCGCGAUGCGGUUUCUCAUUGGCCUUUGCGGAGGUGCAGCGUGGCCGUGCUUUAGUGGCUUAAUGGGCACCUGGGCGCCUCCCAACGAGAGAAGCAGUCUAGUGUCUUUCGGAGCGGCAGGCAUUCAUAUCGGCAUAGUACUUGUUCUCCCCAUCGGCAGCAGCCUCUGUCACAAUGUCAGCUGGGAUUCAAUCUUCUACGUCAUCGGUGGUGCGGGUUGUCUCACGAGCUUGUGGUAUCUGUAUGUUGUUUAUGACUCACCGGAGGAGCAUCCACGUAUUAGUGAGGUUGAGAGGAACUACAUCAAGGGAUCCUUAAAAGGACAAGUUCACACGCUGGAGAAAGCGCACAAGGAAAUUCCGUGGAGCAAGAUACUGACGUCACCGACAGUAUGGCUGCUGAUGUACACAUUCAUGACGUACGCGUGGGGCCUCUCUAUGACACUCACCAACCUUCCUACGUUCAUGUUCGAAGUUCUUAAGUAUGACAUGAAAUCGAAUGGAUUGCUAUCGGCGCUGCCCUUCAUAUCCAGCUACGUAGCACAAAACAUCAGCGGCGCAUUAGCAGAUUUCGCCAUGUCGAGAGAUUACCUGUCGAGAGUGUGGGUGCGCCGAAUAUGGACGGCUAUAGGCUUGACACUGGAUCUUGUUGCAUUGCAGCUCGUAUAUAAGUGCCUCCACCUGGUGGCGGUUUUCUACGAUUCACUGUUUCCCUUCGACUACGGCACGAUAUUCGAGCAGGAAAUGCAGCGGCAGCAGCAGGAGGGAGCAUUUGACUUGACGAACUUCGGUGCGCCGGCAGAGGUCGCUUUCGCGUCCGCGUACGUGUGCGAGGAGGGAACGAUCGACACUGGAAGCAACGCCGUCUGCAGUACAUCUGCGACCAUGGAACUUCCGUCUCAAGGUGCUAAAGCAGGCCCUGCGUCCGUGCAAAAUCCAGUAUUCCUGCUGCCGGGUCUGCUUCCAAACAGGCUGCUAUACCGGUCCGGGUCUACGUCCCCGCAGUUCUGCUCCUGCAUGCCUUUCCCGGCUUACUCCAGCGUGG